GAGGAGGAGAUGAUGAUGAUGGUGGGAGCAGGGAACAGGGAGCAGCAAGAACAGCAACAUAAGCAGCAGCAGAAAGUGAAGCAGAGGAAGCCAUACAAAGCAGGAGGAGCAGCAGAGAGCAGCGCCCUGCUUCACGGGCCUCACCCAGAGAUGGCUUACAUUGAUGACGGUAGUGCCCCCGCUGCUCUCGUGGGCGGCAUGGGCGUGCCAGUCAUCAUGGUGGGCGGUGUGGGUGUGCCAACCACCAUGGUGGAGGGCUUGGGUCUGCUGGAGAACGGUGUGGCACUGACGGGCGGGGCCACCCCAGCCUACACCCUGGAUGCUCACCCACCGCCCACUGUCAAGUUCCAAGUGGCAAGGUGUGCAACACCCACGCCACCCACGCCCACACUCACACCCGCGCCUGCUGCACCCACGCUAUCUGUUGACGGUCCUGACGACAAGCCUUUCAUGGUGGACAUGAAAGAGAUGAGUGGCUACGAGAAAAACCUUUAUCUCUACUCGGAGGAGAUGGCAGAUCGUCCAAGAGUGUCGAUGAUGAUAAAUUCCCUCGCCAACUACAAUGCAACUAUUCCAUCUGCCGAGGAGAAUGAUGCCAAACCGUCUCAACCAAGAGCCAAGUUAGGUACAGUGAUGGGUGUGUUCCUUCCAUGUAUCCAGAACAUCUUCGGUGUCAUCCUCUUCAUCCGUAUGCCCUGGAUUGUGGGCACAGCUGGAGGAGCACUCGCUUUCACAAUUGUCUUCAUGUGCUGCUGUACGACUUUCUUAACUGGGAUCUCCAUGUCUGCCAUUGCAACCAAUGGUGUUGUCCCAGCCGGCGGCUCCUACUUCAUGAUCUCGCGAUCUCUUGGGCCAGAAUUUGGUGGAGCUGUUGGAAUUCUCUUCUAUACUGCAACUACCGUGGCAGCGGCCAUGUAUAUUAUCGGUGCUGUUGAAAUAUUUUUGACGUAUAUGGCCCCAAUGUUAUCGAUAUUUGGGGACUUUUCUAAAGAUCCCAGCAUUAUGUAUAACAAUUUCCGAGUGUAUGGCACCAUCCUCUUAUGGGUGAUGUGCACCAUCGUCAGCAUUGGUGUCGCCUUUGUCAGUAAAUUUGCAGCUGUUGCAUUGGCUUGUGUCAUAGGCUCCAUUAUUGCAAUUCUUGUUGGCAUUUUCUACAAUAUCAACGGAUCAGAUAAGUUACAGAUGUGUUUUUUAGGAGCUAGACUGGUUAGCCAAGUUGAUAAUUGCACCAGAGAAAUUGGUGGAGAUCUAUGGAAUAUUUAUUGUACAAUGGAAAAUGGUACUGUUACACAAAACAUUAAUGAGUGUGAUCCCUACUUUGCCACACACAAUGUCUCCACACGGCCAGCAAUCGUAGGACUAGCAUCUGGCGUAUUUACUUCUAACUUGGGUUCUCACUUCAUGGAGAAAGGACAGAUUGUGGCAGACACGAAUAGCCCUGAUGAUUAUGAGUCUCUAAAUAACCCCACCUACAACCAGAUUAUCAUUGAUAUAACAACCUCCUUCACUGUGCUGGUUGGCAUCUUCUUCCCUUCAUGUACAGGAAUUAUGGCAGGGAGCAACAGAUCUGGAGAUUUAGCUGAUGCACAGAAGAGCAUUCCUAUAGGAACAUUGGCUGCCAUUACUGCAACAUCUUGUGUGUACUUAAGUUACUUGCUCCUGUUUGCUGGAUCCUAUGAUAUUAAUCUAAUGAGAGAUAAGUUUGGUUACAGUGUGGGAGGGAAACUGGCCAUUGCAUCAAUUUCAUGGCCAAAUGAGUGGGUGAUCCUGGUUGGAUCUCUGCUUUCUACUAUAGGUGCUGGACUCCAGUCACUCACAGGAGCACCAAGAUUACUGCAAGCCAUUAGUAAAGAUGGCAUCAUCCCAUUCUUGCUACCAUUCUCACAAUCUUCUGCCCGAGGAGAGCCACUUAGAGCACUACUGCUUACAGGCUGUAUUUGUCAACUUGGUAUUUUGAUUGGUAACUUGGAUUACAUUGCUCCAAUUCUGUCCAUGUUCUUCCUCAUGUGCUACGGGUUUGUCAAUCUUGCCUGUGCAUUGCAAACUCUAUUGCGAACUCCUAACUGGCGGCCAAGAUUUAAGUAUUAUCAUUGGUCUUUGUCCUUUGUGGGUCUCUCGCUGUGCAUCACAGUAAUGUUCAUGACCUCCUGGUAUUAUGCUCUGCUGGCUAUGCUAAUUGCUGGUAUUAUCUAUAAGUACAUCGAAUUCCGUGGAGCAGAAAAGGAGUGGGGAGAUGGCAUCAGAGGUCUUGCUCUUUCUGCUGCACGCUAUUCACUUCUAAGAUUGGAAGAAGGUCCACCUCAUACCAAAAAUUGGCGUCCUCAGAUUCUUAUCCUAGCAAAGUUAACGAAGGACUUAGUACCCAAGUACAAGAAGCUGUUUACAUUUGCAUCACAGCUAAAGGCUGGCAAGGGUCUGACUAUAGGAGUAUCAGUUAUUGAAGGAGAUUAUUCGAAAAGUUACGGAGAAUCGCAUGCUGCCAAGCAAAGUUUACGUCGUGCAAUGAACGAAGAGAAAGUCAAAGGCUUCGUCGACACAUUGAUUGCCAAGAACAUAACAGAAGGCAUCAGUCACAUUAUUCAGACUUGUGGUUUGGGUGGCAUGAAACCCAACACUGUUAUUCUGGGAUGGCCCUAUGGAUGGCGGCACUCCCCAGAUGAGCGGUCGUGGAGAGUGUUCCUUGAUACCGUUCGUAAUGUAUCAGCUGCAAAGAUGGCACUUCUUGUCCCGAAGGGUAUAAACUUCUACCCAGACUCCAUGUCAAAGGUUUCUGGCACAAUUGAUAUCUGGUGGAUUGUCCAUGAUGGAGGUCUUCUUAUGCUCCUGCCCUUCCUCCUCCGACAACACAAGGUGUGGAAGAACUGUAAAAUGCGCAUCUUCACUGUAGCUCAGCUAGAGGACAACAGUAUUCAGAUGAAGAAGGACCUUAAGACUUUCCUGUAUCACCUGCGUAUUGAUGCUGAAGUGGAUGUGGUCGAGCUGAUGGACAGUGACAUUCAAACAUACACAUACGAGCGAACACUCAUGAUGGAGCAGAGAACUCAGAUGCUGAAGGAACUGCGGCUCAACCGUAAAGAGAAGCUCAAUAUUUCGGAACUAGGGUUUGAGGCGGCCAAUAUUGAAGACAAACUUCCCCUGAUUGAGUCAAAUAGCCUCGGGGUUCAAGCAAUUGUUGACCAUCACCAUCCCACGGGUGAGCACUCUGCUAGCAAGGUGCGCUUCAAGGAGGAUGAACCUGCACUAGAUUCUGAUGCAGAAGCAGAAAUGAGUGGAGCAUCAGAAGACACAGAGAAGAAGACAAGCAAAAAUGAAAGUUUCAAGAAGCUGCUUACCAUCAAACCAGAUGAAGCAAAUGUUCGACGUAUGCACACUGCCGUGAAGUUAAAUGAAGUAAUUGUGAAUAAAUCUCACAAUGCACAGCUUGUCAUUAUUAAUUUGCCUGGACCCCCCAAGACUUCAAGACCGGAAUCUGAAAGCAACUAUAUGGAAUUCUUGGAAGUUUUAACGGAAGGAUUGGAGAGAGUAUUGAUGGUGAGAGGUGGAGGUCGUGAGGUUAUUACCAUCUACUCAUGAGUCAUUAUUCAUGACAUAUACAUGUACUUAGUUAUUUUCUGUGGUGUCCAACAUAUUCACAUGAGAAUGAGAUACUAGAGAAAGGUUUACAAUUUGUAAAAAAUAGGAAGUUUGGUGAUGAAUGAUAAAUAAUUUCCAAUAUCUCCCGUCUACAAAAGCAUUAUACGCUACAGUAGCUGAUAAUCUUUUUGAAGAUUGGGCAGCAAAUAGUAAUGUGUUGUUGAAUAUUAAAAGUUUGAAAAUUUAUGGCAGCAAAUGCUCUUAUGGUAAUGAGUUGUUAUUACAAGUCUGGACAUUUGUAGUAUACUCGUGCGUUUUGUAGCUUGUCAUACUGUACCAUAUAAUGGUAAAAUGUCAAGUUCCCUCAGGAGUCUUCAUUUAUACAAAUGUAAAGGCAACCAAAAGGAACAAUAGGUUUGAUUUAAUAAAAGUAUCAUUCAUGUAAUGUUUACAUUUUAUAAAGCUUAUAUGCAAUGGAAUGUAAAAAAAUAAUAGUGCAUGUUUGAUUUAUAUUUUAUUAUUUCUUACACACUGGUGUGUAAGGAUAUGCAACACGACCAGUAUACACUAGCUAUUGAUUUUUAUAAAUAGUCUCAAAAUUUAAAUAUUAGUUUUUUUUUUUUAUAUAUACGAAGACUUUUUACUAAGUGAUGAUACAGUUUAAAUUUAGGUGCCCAUGAGAACAUUCAAGUCUAAAGACUUUCAGUAGCAUGUUUGGAAUUUAGUAUUUUGAUAAUUGUUUUUCAGACUUGCAAUUUUUUGGUAAUGUAUGGCUCUUGUGGUAAAAUUAAUAAUAUAAGAACAAUAUUAAAGACUAAAGACAUCCCAUGCAUAAUCAAAUUGUCAGGUUACAAUGUUUCACGUUACUUGGAAUAUGAUACAAAUUCAGAAUUGUCGAUAAUUUGGUAGUAUAACAGUAAUAUUGUUAAGCAUUAGUAAACAAAUUGUGAAAUUAACUGGUAUCAGUAAUAUAGUAAAUAAUUUUAAUACUAAAGCACAUUAUUACAUUCAAGGGAGGCAAUGAUCUUUGAUCCAAAGAAAGGAAGCUAAUUCCUUGGAUCAAGAACCCUUCAGCAACAUAUAUAGUACAGCCACAUUUAUCUGAAAUGGUCGGGACCAAGGGUGUUUUAACUUAUUACAGUAUUUUAAUUGGGGCAGGGGAAUGGGAGGUAAUCAUGUUCAUUCCAAAGGGACUCUUGUGUAUUAACCACGUGCACCUCCCACAGAUACCUCAUGGAAAAAUACCCAGCACUGCUGUGCAAGGACUGUCAGUUCAAUGUGUUAUAUUGUCCAACUUUCCAGCAGACACAGUUUGCUUCUGUCAUCUCUGCCGCCUCAACACACUAACUUCUGACCUUGCUGAAAGUUCCAUCUCUCUGACUAAUAAACUACACCAACUAAUUUUUUUUCCUCUUGCACACUCCCUGCCAGCCACUCCCUUAUCACCUUUGCAUAUUUCUACUUUUUGACAUCCUUCCCUGCAGUGCUGUAUGCCCUUGGGUUUAGCAUUUAUAAUCAUAACUAAACCAACAAGUUUAGUAUUUAAUUUGAUUAUUCCAAGGAAAGGAUAGGUCCAAUUCCUUGGAUCAAGAGCCUUCACUGGCAUCAGGGUACCUCCCCUGAGGGGUGGGUUAACUUGUAUUUCUUGACUAUAUGAACGUUGCAGAGCCUUGGUGUCCAAGGCAAGAACAUGAUAGUCACAAUUAGGUUAUCAUAUUCAUAGCAAAGAAAGAACUGGUUGCUAUCAGGAAAAAAUCAUGCUGUGAUGGAUACAAGGGCCAGUGGGGCAACAGUCUGGUUGACCACUUAAGCCUGGUCCAGGGCCAGGCUGCAGAGUAGGAAAACUCGAAACCAAAGGUAUAGUGUUUUGCAGAGGAGAGGGGGAAGGGGGUAAUGCAACCAUAAGGAAAUUGACCAAUAAGCAAAGAUAAACCCCCCUCCCCUUGCAGCAGGAAAUCCAGGAACAGUUCUAACUUCAUACAGUUCAAAAAAACUAGGUAGGACAGGCCUCUAUAUCCUCUCAGUGAAAAGCUAAUAGGGAAGACCAAAAUGCAAUACACAUUCAGAUAGGUAAUUACAAGAGCAACUUUAAUGGAUCCAGCAGCCACUGCAUCCUGAUGUCCAAGUGUUGUUGAAGGAUGGAAAGUGUGACCAGAAGCAAAUAGAUAAGAAAAAAAAAAAAUCUAAAUGUGAGGGACUUGGGUACAGUGUGGCACCACACUAUAAUUA